AUGUAUUAUUCCGCGUGGUCCAAGAUCGCCCUUGCGGGUCUUUUUGCUUCGGCCGCUGCUCAGACCUACAGCGAGUGCAACCCUAUGAAGAAGACAUGCGAUCCCAACAAAGGUCUUGCUUCUUCAUCAUACUCGGUCGACUUCACGAAAGGUGCUGAUGACGACAAUUGGGAGGGAACCGGCCAUGGCACUGUCAAGUAUACUUCUGAUGGUGCUGAGUUCACUGUCGCUAAGCAGGGUGAUUCACCUACUAUUCAGAGCAAGUGGUACAUGUUUUUCGGUCGCAUGGAGGUCCACUUGAAGGCUGCGCCCGGAACUGGUAUCGUCUCAUCUGUCGUUCUUCUUUCUGAUGUUCUCGACGAGGUUGAUUGGGAGUGGCUUGGAGGUAAAGACGAAGACGUUCAGACCAAUUACUACGGCAAAGGCAACGAUGCGGCCGAUACUCGAAGCGCUACUUUUCCCGUAACCAACGCACAGGAGGAGUUCCACAACUAUACCAUUCACUGGACCAAGGAUUCUUGCGAGUGGUACAUCAACGGCGUUGCGGUUCGCACCCUCAACUAUGCCGAUGCUCUUGGAGGAGAGAACUAUCCUCAGACUCCCAUGCGCGUCAAGCUUGGCAUCUGGGCCGGUGGCGAUCCUGACAAUGCUGAGGGAACUAUCGAAUGGGCUGGUGGAGAGACUGAUUACAGUGGAGGUCCUUACACAAUGACUGUUCAGAAGAUUACGAUUGAGAACCUCAACCCUGCUGAGAGCUACACCUACAGCGAUGAGACAGGCUCAUACAAGAGCAUCGAGUUUGAUGAGAAGGACAGUGGCAGUGACGACGAUGAUGACUCCUCAUCAACUGCCUCCGAAACCGCCUCCAAGACUUCAUCCAAGGCUUCCUCCAAGACAUCUUCUGAGUCGACUUUCACCACCAAGACUGCCACUGAGACUGACUCCGAGUCCUCAACAACAGCAUCGUCCGACGACUCUAGCGAGACUGAAAGUUCCGACUUCAAGAACAACAAGGCAGAGACAACUAGCGCUGGUGCAACUUCAUCCGAGAGCAGUGCUGCAGCUUCAGCUUCGGCUACUGACGGUUCAACUAACAGCGCUGCUGGAAACUGGCCCAAGAUGUGGUUGGCUCUCGGAGCAACUUUUGCCGCUAUGGUCAUGAUGUAA